ACUGUAGAAUAUUGCCGGAGACAAAGUUUGAGGCAGAGCCCUGUUUUGGGGAAAGAUAAGUGUACAUGGGGACCCUCGUAUUGGUGCUCUAGUGAUGAGCAUGCCCGUGAGUGUGGACUUGUUGAAUAUUGCAAAGGCGAAGCUCUAGGAAAAAAUAAAUGUACAUGGGGACCCUCAUACUGGUGUUCUAGUGACGAAAACGCUCGUCUGUGUGGAACUGUAGAAUAUUGCCGGAAACAAAGUUUGAGGCAGAGUACUGCUUUGGGUAAAGAUAAGUGUACUUGGGGGCCCUCGUAUUGGUGCUCUAGUGAUGAACAUGCUCGUAAUUGCGGGACUGUUGAAUAUUGCAAAAACGAAGCUUUAGGGAAGAAUAAGUGUACAUGGGGACCCUCAUACUGGUGUUCUAGUGAUGAAAAUGCUCAGCAGUGCGGUACUGUUGAAUAUUGUCAGAAACAAGAAUUGGGAAGAGACAAGUGUACAUGGGGUCCUUCAUAUUGGUGUGCUAGUGAUGAAAAUGCUCGUCAGUGCGGAGUUGUUGGAUAUUGCAAGCAAUAAAUGUGGAAUGGUGAUUUUACUGCAAAUGAGUAAUUGGCUUUGAACGAGACAGCUGAUUGAUAAUGUGUAUUGGAAACAUACAUCGGUUUUCUCAUUCAUAACACGAGAACAUUUUGCAGUUUACAGUGUUUAGGUGUCAAACAUUCCUGCUUAUUUGUAAUGUUAUAUUUAUGGUAUUAGAAGUUUGCUGUGUGUUCCUCCUAUAAUAAUAAUUAUUUUUUUUGAAGUAUGACAAGGUAAUUCUAUUAAUUCAAUCUUUGGAAAACUGUUUAACAGAAGUUUGAUGUGUAUAGGAAACCUAGCAAUGUUUGGUGAACCUGUUUACUGUAUUGUUAAUUGUAUUAUCACUUUAUUGGAUUGAAUUCUAGUUUUGUAAUAGUUUCCAUAACUAUGUAAUUUAUUAUAUAAGAAAUAUAAUUCUGCAUUCACGUA